CACGUUAACAUCAUUCGUAGGGUUUGGCGUUCCAGCUUCUAGAUUCUGCUCACUCCAUCUUCGUUUCUAAGUUCCGACUACAUACGAAGCAUCUGACCUCAAAUCAGCCUUCCCUACUUAGCAUUUGUUUAGAAAUCUACAGAAAUCCUUAACACAAAAAAUGGAUGCCUGUAAUUCCUACCACUUUAAUUAACGAUUCGGGAGUUAAAGACAACAAAACCAAAGAUUCUGGAUUCUAGAUGGGUAACACUCUAUACGCCAACAAAAAGGGAGAUUCAUACCAUUUGUGUAUAUUCAGAGUUAAAGAACCGUUAAACAUGUAAGUGUAAGCCUCAUUUAGUGAAUGGAUCCGUCGAUGGCCACUUCUCCCACGGCAUCGUCCACCAGGGCCACUACUUCUUGGCUUUCCGGUAUUGUCCGGGGCCGCUCGAAGAGCGUGCCAAAUAAUUCGACCGCUUCCGCCGCCACCGACUCCGUUAACGACUCGCCUAUCACUAAGAAAAAGCAGUUCCGUGGAGUGAUGUUUAAGUACGGCCCCAAUUCUAUCCAGGUAGCUUUCAAGACUGGUGACUAUAAGCAACAAGUUAUUUUUAUAGGCGGACUAACAGAUGGAUUUUUGGCUACAGAGUAUUUGGAGCCUUUGGCGAUUGCUUUGGAUAAAGAGAAAUGGUCACUAGUUCAAUUUCUUCUUUCAUCUUCUUAUAGUGGAUAUGGGACCUCAAGCUUGAAACAAGAUGCCGUAGAGCUUGAUCAGCUGAUAAGUUACUUAAUAAACAAGGAAGAUUCUGAGGGUGUGAUACUUCUUGGACACAGUACUGGAUGUCAGGACAUCGUGUAUUACUUGCGCACCAAUGCUGCAUGUUCUAGAGCUGUUCGUGCUGCCAUUUUGCAGGCUCCUGUUAGUGACCGGGAAUACAGAGCGACUCUACCUGAUACUGCUUCGAUGAUUGAUUUGGCCUCAAAGAUGAUAAGUGAAGGUCGGGGUUCAGAACUAAUGCCACGGGAAGCAAACCCAGAUGCACCUAUAACUGCAUAUAGAUAUCACUCUCUGAGUGCCUACAAUGGUGAUGACGACUUGUUCAGUUCGGACCUCAGUGAUGAUCAGCUGAAACAAAGACUUGGGCACAUGGUUAGCACACCUUGUCAGGUGAUCUUUUCCAUGGGAGAUGAGUACGUUCCGGAUUAUGUAGACAAGAAAGCAUUAGUUGAUAGGCAAGGAAGUUAAUCUUUCAACCCCCCCUCCCAAUGAUAAUUUGUGGUUCAUAAGAGUCCUGUUGAAACUCGGUAAUAUAGGGUUAUGUAGAGCAAUGGGUGGGGCUGAAAAGGCUGAGAUUGAGUACGGAAACCAUUCUUUAUCAAACAGAGUAGGAGAAGCUGUUGAAGCUAUCAUGAAUUUCGUCAAAAGAGAUGGCCCUAGCGGCUGGGACGACCCUUGGACAUAGUACCUGAUGUUACUUCUUGCACCCCUACCCCUACUCGCAUCACUUAUUUUUUCUCUUGUUUUUUUGUUUUUCCAGUUCUUUUACUGCUGUUUCACUUUGUGUAUUUUCUUAUACCUUCAAUUGUUUUUAAAAUCAUCUGUAAAUCUUCACAACCUACAAGCUUGUUUUUGCAUGUUUCAAGGGCGCUCCGUCCAUUUCCCAAGAAAAUACGGAGUAAUUGUUUGGGGAAUGUGUUCCCU